AUGGCGUCAAUGAAUAAUAUAGAUGGGAAUAUUUUAAAAGAUAAAAGAAAAAGUAGUUUUAAAAAUGGUAAAAAUAAUGUUAAAAAAGUUAAAAAUACUAAUAAGGAGUGCAAACCAUUAAUGGUAGAAGAAAAAGAAAAUAUAGAUAAUGAUAAAGAAUUGAAUGGAAAACUUUUAUUUAUUGAAUUUUCAUGGAAAUUUUUUGAUUUAGUGGUUAUUAGUCAAAUUAUUUUAUCAAUAUCAUUUCUUUUACUAGGAUUUCUUUAUUUUAUACUAGGUUCAACAUUUUCAGAAGUUGCUACUUUAGGACUUCUUUCUUUUUAUCUUUUUUUACCAACAAUUCCAGCAUACAAAUCUCUUGCUAAUGCUAAUACAUAUUCAGGAAUUUUAGCAUUUUGUUUUAUUCAAAUUGGUGAAGUUCUUCAAAAUACUUUUACAUUAACAUCAAUACUGUAUUCUAAUGAUGUAUUAGAGGUAAAAACAAUUGGAAGAUGUUAUUUGGUAGGUAUUGUUGUAACUUACCAAAUAUUAUCAAUUAUUAUUGUUACUUUAUGUCCAUUUAAAAAAGUUAAAAAAGAGACAUUAAAAAGAUUAUUUGGAACUUCUAAUGAAAAUGAUUUAAAUUGUAUUACUGGGAAUCAUCAAAAAAUUGUAUAG